GUGACCAUUUCUAGGGAAGCGAAGUUCUCUCCGCUGUGCUGCCUGGCUGUUAAAAGCAGCCCUUGGGGCGGGGGGGAGCGCUCUUCCCCUGCACAGUCCUUGGAUUUACCACACUCCGGGCUGGAACGCCUGUAUUCUUCCUCUCCCUUCCUGGUUCAUAUUUUAAUUUUUGUUUUUGUUUUUGGUGGAUACUGGACGCCAUGUUGUGGAAACUAGCAGACAAUGUCAAGUAUGAAGAGGACUGUGAGGACCGGCAUGACGGCAGCAGCAACGGGAAUCCUCGAUUGCCCCACCUCUCUGCUGUCAGCCAGCACCUGUACAGUCCGGCCCCUCCACUUUCUCACUCGGGGGCUUCAGAUUUCCAGCCCCCUUAUUUCCCUCCCCCUUACCAGCCUCUGCCUUACUCCCAGUCCAGUGAUCCUUACUCCCAUCUUGGGGAUCCUUUCUCCAUCAACCCACUCCACCAGCCACCGCCACCGCCUCCGAGCCAGCAGCAAGCCAGCUGGCCCAGCCGCCAAACCAGCCAAGAUCCUUCCGGCUUGUCCCACCAUGCCCGCUCUGGUUUGGUUCCUCAUCUCCCAGCUCUGGAGAGUGGCUCUGCUGGGGCGAGAAGGGAAACCUACAGGCGAUCUGAGCUGCUCCUGCCCCACGGCCAUGGUCUGGAUGCCUCCAGCCUAGCCGAAAACCUUGGACUACAUGACAUGGCACAUCAGAUGGAAGAGGUGCAGAAUGUGGAAGAUCAACAUUUAUUAAUGCAUGACCAGACAGUCAUUAGAAAAGGUCCCAUUUCACUAACGAAAAACCAUGCAUUAGGUCUCCCUUGCCAGAAGGAUGGACUCAUCGGGGUGGUGAUCAAUCCCAACGAAGUGUUCUGCUCCGUUCCUGGGCGGCUUUCUCUCCUCAGUUCAACAUCAAAAUACAAAGUGACAGUAGCAGAGGUUCAAAGAAGGCUCUCUCCUCCAGAAUGUCUUAAUGCUUCUUUACUGGGAGGAGUUCUCCGAAGAGCCAAAUCUAAAAACGGUGGCCGGUCAUUAAGGGAGAAGCUGGACAAAAUUGGCUUGAACCUUCCAGCUGGCAGAAGGAAAGCUGCAAAUGUGACAUUACUGACAUCAUUGGUGGAAGGUGAAGCUGUACACCUUGCUCGUGACUUUGGCUAUGUAUGUGAAACUGAAUUUCCGUCUAAAGCUGUGGCUGAAUACUUAACUAGGCCGCAUCUGGUUCGUAAUGAGAUGGCCAACCGGAAAAACAUGCUGCUUGCUGCAAAACAGAUCUGUAAAGAAUUCACUGACCUCCUCACUCAGGACAGAACCCCUCUUGGGAAUGCAAGGCCAAGUCCCAUCUUAGAUGCUGGCAUCCAGGGCUGCUUGACUCACUUCAGCCUGAUCACACAUGGCUUUGGGAGUGCGGCCAUCUGUGCCGCCAUGACGUCUGUCCAGAACUACCUGAACGAAGCUCUGAAAAUAGCAGACAAAUCCUACAUGAACGCAGGGGAUCAGAGCCCGGCGGAAACCAACAAAAGCAUUGAGAAAAUGGACAAGCACCGGAACUGCUGUUAUCCGUUCAUUGUGGGACCAGGUACCGGAAGGUAACAUCGGUACAAGCUUUUUUUUUAUUUUGAAAAAACAAACAAACUGUAAAAAGUGGUGCUAUCUAUGGGGGUGGGGUGGGGAAGAGAAGUCUGCUACUGUGGUAUCCCUAGACCAGAGUUGCACAACUUCAGCCCUCCUGCAGAUGUUGGACUCCCAACUCUCAUCAUCCCUGACUAUUGACCACUGGGGAUGAUGGGAGUUGUAGUCCAACCGUGGGAAGGCCAAAGUUGUGCAGCCCUGCCCUAGACAAUUUGGGCAAGAUUCAUCCCCCCAUUGUACACUUCCCAUAGUGAUAUCCAGUGGCUCUGCAUAUGCAAACUAUUUGGAGCAAGACAAGCUGAAUUGCACUCAGAGGCAUGCAUGGGAUUCACAGUCCAGGCAGUGGUUGGGCACAUUGCAGUGCAUUAUGCACAACCAGUAAAGGGGGAGUUAAAGGGCUCCAUUAAGCCUUAUGGGGCUCUGCAUACAGAUUAAAUUGUGCUUUUACAGAUCUAGUUAUAGGAGAACAUCCACUAUGCAGGUCAUAGGUGGAAUCCUCUUAGUUCUUUUAGAAACUUCUUAGGAGUUUCAGGAUGAUCAUAUUUUCUGAAGCCAGCAACAGAACAGGACACAGUAUUAGCCCCAGGGGAUCUGAAUUACUGGGAAGAUGCCCAGAAUUAAAACCUAAUCAAAGGGCGGGUUCACAGGACCACCUGAAAGAAAGGAAGAAGGGAACCUCUGGUUCCCAGGGAGUGUGCGCUCCCAGAGGGCGUGUUUGAACCUGCCAGUGUUUUGGUUCUUCAAUUCUCUGACCAACGUUCUCCCAACUUCUACUCAACUUUCGUAAUCAAGAUUUGAAGUUGGGGGGAGAAUCUCAGGAGAACGUCAGGUGGAGGGCUUGGGAUCUGGGCUUCAGUGGGUUCACAUGAUACACCCACCAGGAGUGCAGCCCUCCCUGAAAACCAGAGCUUCCCAUCUGCUUUAUUUUUGGGAGGUCAUGUGAACUAGACCAGGGAUUUUCAACGCUGGGUCUCCAGAUGUUAUUGGACUUCAGUUCCCAUAAUCCCCAGCCCCAGUAGCCUUUGGUUGGGGAUUAUGGGAGCUGAAGUCCAAUAACAUCUGGGGACACAACGCUGAGAAUCUCUGAACUAGACCAUAGUGUUCUAGAACAGGGGUUCACAACCUGUGGUCCUCCCAGAUGUUGAUGAACUACAAUUCUCAUCGCCCCUAGCCACAAUUUAUUGUGACUGGGGAUGAUGGGAGUUGUAGUUCACGAACAUCUGGAGGACCACAGGUUGGGAACCACGGUGCUAGAAGAAGACUGAACUUGGUCUACAAUGGGGGGAGGGGAGACCCUUACCCAGCAUUCAGGUAUAAUGUCUUGUGUCUUUCGAGAGGGAUUUUAGAUUUCUGGGCACAAUCCUGGAAGCAUUGCUGCCGCGUCUUCUAAUGUAAUUGAGGCUUGCACAACACUGACAUGAAUGGAGCAGCAUUACAGCGUACUGUAGCAGAUGUUUUUACACAAGGAAAAACUAGUUCAAGCUAAAAACGAAAGCAGAUCAAACCUUCCUCUAUUUUUAAAAAUGCCAGGAUAUUGCAGCUUUAUACACACAAUCAGGUCUUGUGUUUUUAAAACAGGAAAAACUUGAAAAGAAUAGGCACAUAAUUUUUUUAUUGAUUUUUUUUUUGUUUUGCCUAUAUAGGCCAAAAAUUCUAUAUUAAAAAUAUAAAUAUAAAUAUAUAUAUAUCUCCAGGGAGGUUUUAUGUGUAUUAAGGGAAAACAGUGUGUUGAAUGUAUAUAUUUAUUUAUGUGUAAUUUAAUGGGAUUUGUAAAUAAUGGUGAACUUUUUAAUACUUUUUUUUUUAUAAAUGGGUUUCAGAUUUUAAUUCCCUCCCUGAAAAGGUAAUGGGUACACUCAAUACACUGCUAGCUUAUGUACAGGUCUGUUAUGCUGGAUAUUUAAGAGACUUUUUACAAAAAUCCUCGAUUCUUGCCACUGCAGAUUUAUAUCUAAUCUGAGGUGUGUGUUGACAAAGCAAUAACUUUUGUGUACUGGUAGCCAUUCACAAUGAGUGUGUGAGGUGCAGUGUGUACAUGGGGGCAAAAAAAUAAUGGAAGUCAUAACUACCCCCCAUCUGUAAAUGUUUCCCAUUAUCCAAAUGCCGUUGUAUAGGAUCAUCAUAUAAUAAAAGUAUUCUGAAUAGAAGUA